AUGAGCAGUGCAUUGCGAAUGUUCAUGAUUUACGAACAGCGUUUUUAUUCAGUUUGGAAACUCAACAUACUAUUGGCUACGGGUUCCGGUAAGUUUAUCACCCAUCGUUCAUUCUUGAUAACUCUAUCCAACAAUCCAUGGUAUACGACCGACGCCUGUCUCCCGGUAUUUUUUGUCCUGUCGCUGCAGUGCGUUGUUGGUGUUUUUCUUCAAACGAUGUUAGCGGGUAUUGUUGUUGCUAAAGUACUGCGGCCGAAGAAACGGAAGCAGGAGAUGAGAUUUUCUCAAGUGGCAGUGGUAGGUCCACUUGAUAACCACGAUAGGAGGCCAGCAUUAAUGAUUCGAAUUGCUGAUAUACAAAACAAUCUGUAUAUUGCCGAGCCUCAUGUUCGACUGUACAUGGCAACCUCCAAAAUUAAUCGGAAGGGCGAACGAGAACUGGUCGGUUUCAAGGAUAUGAACGUUGGGUACGAUAGCGGUUGGGAUCGUGUUCUGUUAUUAUGGCCAAUAAUCAUAAGGCAUCUUAUUGACGAGCAGAGUCCGUUGUUCGCGCUGACACCUGAUUCGUUGCACAAUGCUGAUUUUGAGCUUAUUAUGACUGUUGAGGGUAUUGUUGAGGCUACUGGCAUGACAUUCCAAGCACGAACCUCUUUUCUACCUGAUGAAAUACUCUGGGGCUACAGAUUUCGUUCGAUGGUAGUACUGAACGAGAAGAUCGGCAGGUAUGAAAUUCAGUAUAAAUUAUUUGAUGAAACAGAGCCAAUUGAAGAGAUCUCCUUUAAAGAAGUGCACGCAAAUGAAAGUAAUGACGACGAAGAUUGUUGUUUUUCUUCGCCAAGAAAUAGUUCUGGAUUUGUUUGA